GGCCGCCCUUUUUGAUUCAUUGAAACCAUCUCUCAAUAUAUUCACAACCCCUUCAGGCUUUUAAUUUUGUCGGCUUAUCAAACACCAAAAACCAUUAACAAAUUGCAUCCAUGGCUUCUCCUUCAAUCAAGUUGACAUUUUUUCUCUUCAUCUCUUCCCUUUUUCUCCAUGCAGCUCUAGGUGAGAUUGUUUGUGAGGAUUUGCCAAAGGAUGUCUGUGCAUUUUCUAUAUCAUCUUCAGGGAAGAGAUGUUUAUUGGAGACUAAUUGUGAAAAUCAUGGAACUGUGGAGUAUCAAUGCAAGACAUCUGAAGUUGUUGUAGCGAAUAUGGCUGAUUAUAUCGAGACUGAUGAGUGUGUCCGCGCUUGUGGCGUUGAUAGAAACUCUGUUGGGAUUUCUUCAGAUGCUCUCCUUGAGCCACAAUUCACCUCCAAGCUUUGCUCCCCCGAUUGUUACCAGAAGUGCCCCAACAUUGUUGAUCUUUACUUCAAUUUGGCUGCCGGCGAAGGAGCUUUCUUGCCGGAUGUUUGCCAGCAGCACCGCAGGAACCCUCACCGUAUGAUGGUUCAACUUUCAAGCUCCGGCGAAGUCACCCCUGGCACCAUUUCAUCUCAUUCAUCCAAAGCCAUGCUCAGCCCUGCUUCUGCUCCUGCUAUUUCCCCAGCUCCCUUUUAGUUAUUUUCUUUACAAAUCAUUCCCUGUUAAAAGAUGAUACAAGAAUAAGUAUUAGAUACAGGAGGUGUUCAUUUGUUGAGGAUUAUUUUCAUAUAUUAAAUGAGAGAUUUUGUUACUCUUAUUUACAAUACAAGUUUCAUUUAGCGGUAUAUUCUGUAUCAUAAUAAAUACUGUUGACAGUAUGCUUUUA